AUGCGGAGUGAGGCGAGUGAGGAGUUGGUUGGGCUGGCGAGGGAGCCGUAUGGACCUGGUGGUUUCCAGGGGCUGUUUUCGAAUCAUUAUGUCGCUAUGUGCGCGACAUUUGCUACCAUCGGAGGUUUGUUGUUCGGCUACGACCAAGGUGUCAUCUCUGUCACGCUGGUCAUGGAUCAGUUCCUCGACACAUUCCCGAGAGUGUCGGAUACGGCUUCUGGAGCGGGUUUCUGGAAGGGCCUCAUGACUGCCAUGCUUGAGCUUGGAGCUCUGAUCGGCGCUCUAUUUGCUGGAUACCUCGCAGACAAGCUGAGUAGGAAGUACUCGAUUGUUGUGGCUGUCAUUGUUUUCACGAUUGGGAGUAUCCUGCAGACUGCCGCUGUGGAUUAUGGCAUGCUCACUGUUGGGCGUUUGAUCGGUGGUAUGGGCAUCGGAGCACUGGCUUGCAUAGCGCCGCUCUACGUUUCCGAAAUCGCGCCCCCAGAAAUCCGUGGAACCCUCCUCGUCCUCCAAGAAUUCAGCAUCGUCUUUGGCAUCGUCAUCGCCUUCUGGACGACCUACGGUACCCGUUACAUGGCCGGCCAAUGGUCCUGGCGCCUGCCCUUCCUCAUCCAGAUGAUCCCCGGCUUCAUCCUCGGCGCUGGUAUAGUCUUCUUGCCCUUCUCACCCCGCUGGCUGUCCAGCAAAGGCCGCGACGACGAGGCAUUGCAGGUCUUGGGUAAGCUCCGCGGUCUGCCCACUACUGACCCGAGGGUCGACAGGGAGUGGUGUGAGAUCCGCGCCGAAGUAGCCUUCACACAGGAAGUCAACCGCGAGAAGCACCUCAACCUCCAGGACGGAAGCCGCGCUAGCAACUUCAAACUAGAGGUAGCGUCUUGGGCUGACUGUUUCCGCCACGGAUGCUGGAAGCGCACGGUCGUCGGUGUGGGCAUCAUGUUCUUCCAGCAAUUCGUCGGCAUCAAUGCGUUGAUCUACUACGCCCCGAGCUUAUUCGGCACACUUGGUCAGGAGUACGAAAUGCAGCUCCUCCUCUCCGGCAUCAUCAACUGCACACAACUCGUUGGCGUCGUCACUUCGCUCUGGACAAUGGACCGCUUCGGUCGUCGCCCACUACUGCUCACCGGCGCGGGACUCAUGUUCAUCUGCCACCUGAUCAUCGCAAUACUGGUGGGCAAGUACGGUGGCCGAUGGGCCGAUUACGCGACGGAAGGAUGGGCCGCGGUGGCGUUCUUGUUCUUCUACAUGUUCAGCUUUGGCGCUACGUGGGGUCCUGUGCCGUGGGCUAUACCGAGUGAGAUCUUCCCGAGCAGUCUUAGGGCGAAGGGUGUUGCGCUGUCAACCUGCUCUAACUGGUUUAACAACUUUAUCAUCGGUCUUAUCACCCCACCCCUCGUCCAGAACACCGGCUACGGUGCAUACACUUUCUUCGCCAUCUUCUGUCUCCUCGCCUUCGUGUUCACGUUCUUCUGCAUUCCUGAGACGGCAGGCAAGAGUCUUGAGCAGAUGGAUGAAGUAUUCAAGGACGUCAACAGCGCCGAGGAAGAAGCAAGAAAGGUCAGGAUCAUGGGCGAGAUUGUUGAAGGGAAGAGGGAUGGGGUUCGGAGUGCGUAGAAGCCUGAUAAACUUGGGUGUUUGAAAGUGUACAGAUGGACACCGAUAUACGACUUGGAUUAUAUAUCUUUUCGAAGGCAUGUUGUGCGGUGAUGUGGG